UCACGAAUUGAUAACUAGCUUCUGUCUUUCGUUGCUUUCGGCCGCGCUGUGAUUGGUGGAAUUACAGAUACCGCGCUCUGAUUGGUCGUAAAGUUUACGCUGUGAUUGGUCGGAAUGUUAAACUAAUCUCCCAAACAUCGCCAAUGACUACCCAAAACAGUUGUGUUUGCCGUGACUUCCGAUGUCCCAAACUACCGGUUUCUAUGGGGCGUGUUUGAUCAAGUCCCUCCUUGUCUUCCCUCACAGACAAGUUCAGAAGUAAUGUAGCAACGUUUUGAUCCCAGCUUAUUUCUCCAGCAAGGAAGCAACAAUAUCGGAUUAUUCUGUGCCGACGCCGCGCCGCCGUGACUUGUCAACCCUGAGAGUCCCGCUCGAGGUUGUCAUGCUUUCUUGCUGUCUGGUGUUUGUAGUACAUGUUUUGGUCAACAGAUCCCGGUGCUUUGCAAAUUCAUGAUUGUCACGCUGAUAUUUAGCCAAACAAUAGACUUAUAAGUGGUUCCAGAGGACGUUGUCAACAUGCCUUCCGAGUUAUUACCUUUAAUUUGCGGCUUCUCGUAGAUAAGGAAGAGAUCAGAUAGGCGCCAUGAAACACCCGCCAGACACUACAGAAGUGGUCGAGUUCAACUUGGGACGAGCUCCGACUCUUCGGUGUACCUCUGGGCAGCCAGCCACGACAUGUGGCCACUGCGAAGCCUGCCGUCUGGGAGCCACCAUCAGCUUCACCCGGGAAUGGUUCCUGCGGGCUGGAGAUCACUCCAAGCGGAGGUUUCUACUCGGACUCCCGCGGCGCUUCCACAGCGCGGAGCUCAUGGAGUAUGUGGUCUCCCUUCUCAGCCCGCUACUGUACAAGGACUACACCUAUGCCAGGUGCCGGACAAACCCAAGUCUUCCCGGAGACUCCUCCACACUGAGUGGAGACAGGGCUCUAAACAGGAGAGAACUCAGGCAACACAUUGCCGAUACCUGGGCAUGGUUUGCAGAGGCCAGCUACUGGAGCAAGGCUAACUACAUGCUGGGUGUGAUGCAGUUCUGUGAACCACAGAUGCUGUACUCCCUGGGUACUCAGGCUAGGACUAUGCUUCAGGCACAGAAAAACAUGGAGCCCAAAGGGACAACGGAUUGGGAAGAUGACGAGUCCUUGGCAUCCAGUAACUACACAUACAACACCGAAGAACACCCAGACCUAUACCUCCUUACACAAGCCAACCUGGAGUAUGCCACUCCGACCGUCCAUCCGAUCACAGGGGACGAAUUUGAUCCCAUUGUCAUAAACUACGAUGAAGACGUUUACCUCAGCGACGAUAGUUCCGAGUUCUCCUCGAUCGACCCCACAUGUAUGGUCCUGCCGACAUCGGUCACCGCGACGGCAGGUGUUGCGAAGUACCGUGACUUCAUCAGCGGGUUGCCCGUCCACCUGUCUAAGUACAUCCUGGGCUUCCUGGACAGGAUCAGCCUGUACAACUGUCUGGCCGUGGGGAAGACGUGGAGGGUCCUGGCUGAACAGGUGCAGCAGGAGGAGGAGAUUCAGAUCCAGCUCUGGGAGGAGGUUCUGUUCUACCAGGGUUCUUCAGCGCGGGGGUGUAACCCUGUCUAUGCCAAGCAGAUUGACGUGGCAGUACCAAUUCUCCGCGAGGGCACAUUAGACCCUCUGUCCAACAGUGGUCAGCCCAUGGAGGUGGUCACCCACAAGGAUGACGUGAGUUUCCUGACUGCGUACAGCGGCAUGGUUACGCGCCCUGUAACCAUGGAGGAGAGGAACGUCUACUGUGGAGCCUACAAUGUCAUGGUGCUAGCUGACCAGGAUGACCCACAUCGUCGUGUUCAUCAUGAUGGUAAGAAGCUUGUUGCGCUGGGCUCUGUGGAUCGCAAGGUCCGUAUCCUGGACGUGAUGUCCGGCCGUGAACAUCGCACACCAAUCACAGGCCACGCAGGGUCCAUCAAGUGUGUUUACAUCAGCGAGGAGCGCGGCUUUGUGCUCAGUGGGAGCUAUGACACUACUGUGAGAUGUUGGUCGCUCCAGGCAGGCAACUGUCUUCGCAUCUUCCGUGGCCAUCGCGGUACAAUCACAUGCAUUGAUCUGUUCGAAAACAGAUUGGUUUCGGGGUCCAAGGACAGCCAAGUUAAAGUGUGGAACUUUGAAACAGGAAAAUGCCAACGGACCUUCAAGCACAAGAAACCUAUUUUAGCUGUGGGGAUUCUGGCUGAUCGAGUGGUGAGUGGAUGUGAUGGAGGACAGGUCAAGGUGUGGAGUAUCUCAGCUGCCACUCUUGUAAAGAAACUGUCCAGUCACCAGGGCCCUGUAACCUGUCUGAAGUUCGACCAAUGGCACCUCGUCACCGGCGGGAAGGAUGGAUACGCGUUUGCCUGGAGCAUGAUGGGAACACACAGUCGCUGUCUUACUGCGUUCAGACAUCCGAGAGGGAGCCAAAUCAUGUGUCUUCAGUUCCUGUUCUUAAGAGUCAUCACCGGCUGUAGUGACGGCAAGAUGCGGAUCUUCAACCUUUUGAGUGGCGACUGUCUAAGGGUGCUGAGAGGGAACAGUCACUCUGAUGCAAUAGAUGACAUCAUUGUUUGUGAGAACCGACUGCUGAUCAACACCAUCAACAACCUGCUGGUGUUCACGUUUGAGGAGAUUGAGUGGGACUACAGCCUCGACUCAGACAAGGUGGAGGUCCUGAAGCACCUGAACAACUACAGCGACGCUCCCUUCAAGCAGCACCCCUACGUCUUUGUGAGAGGACAGCGCAUGAGACAGGUGGGGGCUUCCAGCGAGAAAGUGUACCACCGCAGCGAGCCGGCCUACAGUCCUGUGCGCCAGCUGCCCCACAGCGCCCGGAGCUUCAGCCAGCAGAGCCUGUCCAGUGCCAAGAGAAUCCACAGUGCCAAAAUGCGCACAACGUCGCAACCGACACCAACGUUGAUCGACAUGGAGGAAGAUCCCCGUCGGGCUGGCUCGCCUCAGCCUCCAACCAGGCGUCAGGCUAGAAGUCCUGAUGUUACAAGUAACCAGAAUUUGUGUCUGCGUUCAACACAAACUCCGACCCUGUCCUCGCCUACAGGGUUUCGACUUUCCACGGCAAGGGGCGCCAGCGCUCCGGCAGGGAGUCAUCGGAAUGUGUUUUUCGAAUCUUCCGACUUGUCACUCUCGGAGAUGAAAUCGCAGCUGAGGUCCCGACAGAGGGUACAGAAAAGCCACCAUCCCUCACGUGACGAAGUCUUCAUGUGCGUGGGGACUAUUCACAGCUCCAUCAAAGAUGGGGAGGCCAACAGGAACAUGGUCAUUAACUCGUGUGAAAUUAACCCUAAAAUAGGCAGACCGCAGUCAUCCCCAGCUAAACUUGCCACCUCCAAACGAGCAGAAACAGCAGGCCAGCGUACAGCCAGCAGGAUGUCUAGUACAAGACAUUCUCAUCUGUCUGCUGUGCCGUCAACAUCAGUGAUCACGACUCAGUUCCAGUCAGUGCCAGUGGACACCACGCCCCAUACCGGCAUGCAUGACACACACGUCGUUGCAACCGUCCCACAACCGAGUCUGCUCCGUCCGCAGACAAGUCUGGGCAUUUCUAGGGACCCAGAAACUUUUCAAAAACUUUCUGACAGGCCAAACACAGCAGGCCCCUCGAGGGGAACAAAUCUCUUCACAACGUCAGGGAAGGCCGCGGAACACGUCCCAAUGAUUGUAACAAAGUCACUUCAGGCCCAACAGCGUUCUCCCAAUUUUGCAUCAAACUUUCACACGGUGACAAGAAAUCCAGUUGACCCCCUGAGGACAAAUGUUGCAUUCAAACUGAAGACAAUCAAGGCACAGAAACAGUUUGAAAGUAACAUCGUUAAGUCCCAGACCUCACACACAAGCAACAAAGAAGAGGUGGAGAAACGGGGACAAAGAAGAAGAUGGUUGGCGGUAGCAAAGGGACUCUCCCAUCACAACGACAUGACAAAAACUGUGAAGAAAACUGCCUACGAAAUAGGAGAGUGAGGCACAAUUGCUGCUGAAAUGAUAAACUAACUAAAGUCUGUACCUCCUAGUCUCUUACAGUGAAAACUCAAAGUGUUUAAAUGGAGUCUGCCAAGAUUGGUAAGAAGGUUCAUGUGAUGAACUGUCAAGCUGCUAUUCUUUGUUUGGUUAAGAGGUUAAACAUGACAGAUACAAUGUAACUGUCCAUUACGUCUAUAGAAAGAGUUUUAUAUGCUGCUUUCUCAAAUAUAAUGGGAACAAGAUGAUAUAGAUUUGGGAUACUAGUAGGUCCCUGUCUGUUACUGUAUGUUGGUGUCUACCUGACAAGUGUGAUAAAUGUACGUCAGUGUGGUUUUGUCUGUUUAAAGUUUGAAUGAGCCCUUGAACUAAGUGGAACUAUUUUGUAAAACCUUAACUGGAUUUAAACUGAUUCAAUGUUCAAGAAUCAGAUAUGUUAGCACCAGAUGCUAGCAUAGUUAAAAUAUUUAAGUAUAUGCUGCUGGUUCUAUGAUGAAGUAAUUGUGUAUUUAUAGAGGUAGCUGGGUUCUGUAUUACUUCUACAGAGAUGUUCUGUUGUUGACUUUGGGUGCUUGUACCAGGUACCAGGCAAAUGUCACAGGGAUGAAAUAAAAGUUUAUGGUAUUGUAAA